AGCUGUCCGUAUGUCUCUCUCCCCUCUCUAGAGUUCAAGCUUAAAAGCAGAACCAACUUGUUUUUGGAUGAAUAGAGCCAUCUACUUUGGACAGAGUUUCUCUUCUCAAAUCAUAUAUGCAGAUUCUGUAAACCACUAGUUCUGCUACCUCUACACGAUUAUCGUUAUCCAGAGAUAAAGAUGAAAGGCAUAGACAUCUUCUGCGCAUCCCAAGCCUCAACAGACAUAUGUCUGAGCAUGGAACAAGCCUCCUGCAGCUCCUCUUCCUCCACCAUUCAACUCGGCGGCCGAGCCAUCGACCGCCACAACCCCAUCAUUAGAGAUUCAAGAAGAUCAAGCCCCAAACCUCUCUCCACUGCUCCUUGCUCUUCUCACCCUCCCAUCAAUCCCAAACCUUACCGGAAGUCCAAGAAAGGCUCUUCUUCUUCUUCAAAGCCCAACAGCCACCACAAGAAAAGCUCUACCACUAAGACAAUUUGUACUGAUCAAAAGAAGAAGAGUGUGGCUACACCAGCUGAGGAUCAAAUCAUCAACAAGAAUUCUUCUCAGGCAACUGAAAUUAUAAGGAAGAUUUGGGCUAAACAGGAUGACUUAAUCACUACUCCUGCUUCGUCUAGAUAUUUAUUGAGCGACACUGCUUACUUCGAUGGGUUGUCGGAUUACGACCCGGUUUUGGCUUUGGCUCCGGUUGAUGACGAAAAAAACAAGAAGAAGAUCACUCAAUCUACAAAAGAAGAUGAAUCUGCUGCUUCAAAACCCUCUUCGUCGUCUUCCCCAAAAUCACCUUCCUCUGACCAGGUUGUGGUCCUGAGGGUGUCACUGCACUGCAAAGGCUGUGAAGGAAAAUUGAGGAAACAUCUAUCUAGAAUGGAAGGAGUGACGUCCUUCAACAUAGACUUCAAAGCUAAAAAGGUGACAAUCAUGGGAGAUGUGACCCCGUUGGGCGUCCUGGCAAGCGUCUCAAUGGUGAAACAUGCACAGUUUUGGCCAGCUACAGUUUCAUCACCUUCAUUAGCUCCUGCAAAUGGGUCUAGUCAUCUAGAAAUCAAAAAGUAAAUUUAUAGAAAUCGUACGUUAAAAAUGAGAAGAUUCGGAAAUUAUGCCAAGGGUUGUGGGAGCAUCAAAUGUUUGAUUUUAGCGUUAAAAGACAGGAUUAGCAUGGGUAGCAGGAAUAGAAUCUGUGCCACUUGGUAGAAAGUAAAAGAAAUUAAAGCAAA